GCAAUUAGACUCCUCCACCGCCGCAUCCAUGAUGAUACCAUCUGAUCACAGCGUGCCAUCCACACCACCUCACACAACCGUCAGUCCAGAUGACGACGAGGAGGGUUUGUACUUGGCCUGGACGCACCAAUUGCUCAGAGAACAAGGCUAUAGACCCCAAUCGUGUCACGGCGGAUUUGACAAUCCUUGCGAUGACGACAGUAGCGUUUCGGAUGACGAUGAAUUCGAAUACGAUACAACCCGUAGUAAAAGCAAAUCGUGGCUCGCAUGUCUACCAACUUGCUUUCGAUAAUGGGCACCACCUUCCCCCCCUUCCUUCUUCCUUUUCCUCCAUUAUUUGCACUUGCGCGCUGUACCAAGAUAACAAAGAGAAAACACAUGUGGCACACUUGUUUGUAUGUACUAUUCGUUAUACCCGAUUGAUAAUCAACAUAGAAUCCUUCUUUUUUUUUAAAAUGAACUGUUUGUGUCUGUCUUACUCCGGGUCCAGAGAUGGCGUUGCAUAUACCAUGUGGUGGUCCACGCCAUUUCUAAAAGGAAUGACAACUUACCCAUUGGUUUUUCUUCAUACCAUGGACCUUUGUAUAAUUCAUCGGGUAGUAUUUCACCCGUAUAAGAAUACUGCGGAGUCGAAACGCAUUACCCCCCCCCCUUCCCCCCCUAAGUGAGCUUAGCACUAUAGUUCAUCCACACAUGUCACUUUCUCGAACAUGCUAGUUCUUUGGCCACCACCGAUCGCUCCAACUCAAAGCGCCGUACCUGUUAGCUCAUUCAUACAACGUUAGACCAUGCCCCCCCCCAAACGUAGCAGCAUAUGUUAAUAGUGUAUGGUAAUAGAUGAUCAAUUGUCGUUGUUGAAGCUGUGCUUUAAGUACAGUACAAGCUUUUGUUGGUUUGAGUU